AUGUCUUCCAUUUCCCUCAACUUCUCCAAGACCUACAACGCCGCAUUUCCACUCGUCGGCAAGACCUACGAGUUGAAGAUUCACCGCAAGAAAUAG